AUGAAGCCGUUGUUUGGAAAGAUUGUAUCAAAUAAGAUGCAAAAGUCAGUACUGGUGGAAGUGGCUCGUAUUGUGAAGGACCCGAAAUACGGCAAAUAUUACAAGAAAACCAAGAAAUUUAUGGCCCACGAUGAGGACAAUUCAUGCAGCAUGGGCGACUUGGUACGUCUAUCAAGCACACGUCCAUUGUCAAAGCGCAAACGUUGGAACGUUGAAGAGAUUACGCGUAAAGCCGAAAUGUAA